AAACCGGGUCCGGCAAAUCAUCCACAAACAACACCUCUCUCUCUCUCUCUCUCUCAAAGUAUUUUCUUUCUCCCAACAUAACCCACAAACCCACCCCCCCCCCCCCCUCUCUCUCAUGACCAAAUCUCCUGUUUCAAAUGUCUGAGGACUGCGCUCUGGGAAUUGGAAGAUAUGAAUAUGUUAGGCUUGAUACUCUGAUCCCUGUUUCUCAGAGGAGUGGUAGCAAUCUUGGCCUUUUGAGGUCCCCAUGGUCAGAAUGCAAGGCUCAAUGGAGGCUCGUGGCCCCAUCCGUCGCUCUCACCUUCAUUCACUACUCUUUCACUCUCAUCACUGAUUCCGUCACUGGCCAUCUCGGCAAGUUUCAGUUUGCCUCACUGGCUAUUGCAUACACAGUCAUGAGACUGGCUUAUGGCUUCAUGCUAGGUAUGGGUAGUGCAUUGGAAACACUAUGCGGGCAAGCUUUUGGGGCAAGACAAUUCGAUAUGCUAGGAAUAUACAUGCAAAGAUCAGUUGUUAUUCUCUUUGCAACCUCUCUAAUACUCUCAGUUCCCUGUAUAUUUGCAGAACCCUUGCUCAGGAAGUUUGGCCAAUCCACUGAUCUGGCUAAACAAGCUUCAAUUCUGAUAAAAUGGAUGUUACCCCAGCUUUUUGCUUGUUCAUUGAACUUCCCGAUCCAGAAGUUCCUCUACUCACAAAGUCUUAUCAUGCCUAUGUUUUGGGUUUCUCUUGGCCUAGUUUUACCCCACCUGGUUUUAAGCUAUUUGUCCGCAUUUUCUCUGGAUUUGGGGCUUUUGGGUGUCACCAUGGUUCAGAAUUUGUCUUGCUGGUUGCUGUGCUUCCUGCUAUUCAUUUAUUUAGCUAAGUCAGAGUCAUGUAGAAGCUCAUGGACCGGGUUCUCUUUUUGUGCCUUGUACCAGCUUCCUUCUUUCAUGAGGUUGUCGCUGUUCUCAGCAAUCAUGACAGUCUUGCAGGUGUGGUAUUAUCAGGUCCUUAUUCUUCUUGCAGGGACAUUAAGUGAUCCAGAAAUCGAGAUAGAUGCACUAUCUAUAUGCCUCAACAUGAUCUGUUUGGAGGUGAUGGUUCCAUAUGGAUUCAAUGCAUCCACAAGCAUAAGAGUUUCAAAUGAGCUCGGUGCUGGAAAUUCAGAGGCAGCAAGUUUUUCAGUCUCUAUAGCAAUGGCAGCAUCCUCAAUUGUCAGUAUCUUGCUCGCCCUCAUUUUUCUUCUGUUGAGGAACAAGCUGGGCUACCUCUUUAUAAAUAGCUCAGCUGUUGCAGAGAGAGUCUCAGAGUUGGUUCCGUUCCUCGCCGCUACUGUUCUUCUCAAUGGAGUGCAGUCAGUUCUUUCAGAAGCAGGUGUUGCAAUAGGAAGUGGCUGGCAAUCUUAUGUUGCUUAUGUGAAUAUCAUAUCUUGCUAUUUGGUGGGUCUCCCUCUAGGCCUACUUAUCUGCUUCAAAUUUCAAAUGGGGAUUACGCCAAGAUUGAUCAUUUCAAAACAGGGUAUAUGGUCUGGAAUGAUAGCUGGACAAGCCUUACAGGUUCUGAUUGUCUUGUAUGCUACAUGGAAUGCGAACUGGAGUGAACAGGCCAACCAAACGAUUGGGUUUCUGAGGACAUGGAGAGAAAGCAGCAGUAACUGUGUUGCAUAGCAAGAAAGGAAGAUAAAUUUGUAGAUUGAGAGGAAACGAAAUGAAAAACAACCGAUUUCCAUAAAUACAAGGUGUUUGAACUUGAUAUUUCUUUACAAGAAACCCUUCAUUGAACGAAGGGGGACUGGCCCUUCUUGUAUGUGUAUGGAGAGCUAUAUAUACUCAUGCAUUUUGGACAUUCAAUUUCACAUAGGGUGUUGCUCGUUA